ACGAGGAUUACAGUUAGUAUGGGCUGCAGCUUGUCCUCGACAUGUUAAAAACUCUGGAAACUAAACUGCACUCUUCUUCUACUAUCUGUAACAACAUUAACAAUGUCAAACACAUCAUUAAUCCAACAACAAUUACCUCAAAUUUCAAGAAUGAAAACUCCAGCAAUGAUUACAUUAGCUUCCUAUGCAAACAAAAACAAUAUAGCAAAGCUCUCGAUGCUUUUCAUUUCUUACACAACAACACUACAUUUUCACUUAAGCCCAGCACUUACGCCAAUCUUUUCUCUGCUUGUUCUUAUCUCAAGUCUAUUAAACAAGGCAGAAUUGUUCAUGACCAUCUGUUGUUGUCUGGUUGUAAGGCGGAUAUUAUACUUCAGAAUCACAUUUUAAAUAUGUAUGGGAAAUGUGGGUCGUUGAGUGAUGCAGUUAAGGUGUUUGAUGAAAUGUCUGAGAGAAAUAUUGUUUCUUGGACUUCACUGAUUGCUGGGUACUCGCAGAAUGGGCGAGGGGUUGAUGCUGUCAGAUUGUACAUUGAUAUGCAACGUUCGGGGGUGAUGCCUGAUCAGUUUACGUUUGGGAGUGUUAUUAGGGCUUGCGCGAAUAUGAGUGAUGAUGUUGAGUUAGGGAGGCAGUUGCAUGGUAAUUUUAUGAAAUCGGAAUUUGGGUCUAGCCUUAUUCCGUUGAAUGCUUUGAUUGCGAUGUAUAAUAAGUAUGAUAGGAUUAUUGAUGCUUCCAGUGUGUUUUCUCGUAUCAAGACGAAGGACUUGAUCUCGUGGAGUUCAAUGAUCUCGGGGUUUUCACAACUAGGAUACGAGUUAGAAGCUUUGUGUUGCUUCAAAGAAAUGAUUUCUUUGGGAGUUUACCAGCCGAACGAAUUUAUAUUUGGCAGCAUUUUGAGUGCAUGUGGGAGUCUCCGGCAUCCACAAUGCGGAAGACAGAUACAUGGAAUGAGUAUUAAAUUUGGUCUCGGAGGAAAUCUUUUUGCAGGUUGUUCUCUCAGUGAUAUGUAUGCUAAAUGUGGCUUGUUACAUUGUGCACAAAUAGCAUUUUUUGAGAUAGAAAGCCCUGAUUUAGUGUCGUGGAAUGCAAUCAUUGCCGGGUUUGCAUAUGGUGGUUAUGUCAAUGAUGCCAUAUCAUUCUUCUCCCGAAUGAGACAUAUGGGGUUCACCCCAGAUAAUAUUACGAUUAGGUCUUUACUUUGUGCUUUCACGAAUCCUUAUACUCUAAACCAAGGCAAGCAAGCUCACUCUUACAUUAUAAAGCACGGCUUAAGUUCAGAUGUUACAGUCAGCAACACUAUACUUUCCAUGUAUGCAAAAUGUCUAAACCUCAGUGAUGCAUUUGGUAUAUUUAAUGAGAUAAAAAGCAAUGCAGACUUGGUUUCUUGGAAUGCUAUUCUAACUGUAUGCAUGCACCAUAAGCAGGCGGCAGAGGUUUUUAAAGUGAUAAAGAUGUUGCUACUAUCUCAGAAUAGGCCUGACCACAUUACAUUAGCCAUAGUACUAGGUGCUUGUGGAGAAAUAUCCUCUUUAGAAAUGGGAGAUCAAGUUCAUUGCUAUGCAACCAAAAGUGCACACAAGGUGGAUACCUUCGUAGCUAAUGGACUAAUUGACAUGUAUACAAAGUGUGGGUCCCUUGUAAGUGCUCGGAAGCUAUUUGAUUGCAUGAGAAAUCCUGAUGUUAUUUCAUGGAGCAGUUUGAUUGUAGGCUAUGCUCAAUGCGGAUAUGGUGAGGAAGCCCUUCAUUUGUUCCGGGAAAUGAAAAGCUCAGGAGUCAAACCCAAUCAGGUCACUUUUGUCGGAGUUUUAACUGCUUGCAGCCAUGUUGGACUUCUGCAAGAAGGAUGGCAGUUGUUCACUUCUAUGGAAACUGAACAUGGUGUUGUGCCUACAAAAGAACACUGUUCAUGUGUGGUUGAUUUGCUUGCCCGUGCAGGAUGCAUUAAAGAAGCAGAGGCUUUUAUCAAUCACAUGCCAUUUGAUCCAGAUAUUGUGGUGUGGAAGACUCUGCUAGCUGCUUGUAAGACCAAUAAUAAUGUCGAGGUAGCAAAACGGGCUGCAGAAAGUAUUCUUAGUAUUGAUCCCUCCAAUUCUGCAGCUCAUGUGCUCCUUUGCAGCAUAUAUGCUUCUAAUGGUAGUUGGAAAGAUGUUAAACGAUUGAGGAGUUUGAUGAAACAAAACAGUGUCAGGAAAGUUCCAGGCCAGAGCUGGAUUGAAGUCAAGGACAAAAUGCAUGUUUUUCUAGCCGAAGAUUUUCUGCAUUCUGAAAGGGAUCAUAUAUAUUCAUUGCUAGAUGAGUUAUGGUUACAGAUGUUAGAUGCUGGGUUUGUUCCACUCCGGAAAUAGGCAGGCUCUUUGAAAGUUAUUCUACAUCCCUUUAAUGUUUGGAGGAAUCCAAGAUGCUGCAGAACUUUAUAUGAAUCUGGCCAUGCUUGAUCGGCGAGCUGUCUGCAUUGUAUGCUUCACAGAUUUAAUGGACGAUGGCUUAAAAGGAACCUGAGAUCUACAAACCUGCUUUUCAUGGAUCUACCUUGAAUGAGUUUGAGCCUUUGGCCUUUGCUGCCAACCUAGGCAUGGGACUGAGAAUAAAUAUAGUCAG